CCACUCACAGCCAGGCAUUUCAUUUCAUUCCAUUUCACCGUGCACUUUUUACUUUCUGGCAAACUCAUUUUUUACACUCUCCCCCGGAAAAUUCGAAAAAGGACGCUCGGAACUUUCCGGCAAGGGAAUAGAAAAUCAACUGAAACCGAAUCCAUCCAGCCGACAGUAUAUUUUCCACAUAAAUAUACAAGCUCGCGGAAUUUGCGAUUUGGCAGGAUGCUUAGGCAAUUCAAGAUGCGAUCUGCUCUGCAGACCCAAAAGAUAGUCCGAAUGAUGUGCUAUGUAGAUUCCCAUCGCCUUAAGGAGCAGUUCCUCGUCCAAAACGGGGAGUCCCCCUCGAAUCCCGAGGAUAUUGACCAGGAUAAGGAGCAGCAAGCUCCGGCGGUGCCACGCCCCCGCACGCACAAUCCGUUAAGUCGACGCCACACUGUAAACAGCUCCCGACUGCAGUACAUCAAUGACAAGUACAAGGAACUGGCCAACGAGGUGGAGCUGCGCAAACCCAAGGCCAAGCCCUUCGUGACCCGCCACGCCCUCCAUUCGGGGCGGUCUGAUAAGUAGGAUCCUCAGAUCAUAUAGACCCAUGGUGAUCCCGAAACACCCUCAUUCUUGUUUGAUGCCAUAAAUUGUUCAACGACUGUAUUUUCUUUCGCCUGUUAAAUCACAAAGUAAAAUGCUGUGUAAA